CGGGACUCCCAAGCAAGCAGGAACCGGAGCAGCCUCUUAGCAACCCUGUCCCGGGGAGGUUUGAAAGCAGCGGUGCCCUAGUGACGCCGGAAAAGAUGGAGCGGUUGUCAUGGCGACGCGGAGCACACCUCCGAAAUAAAUAAAUAAGCAGCCCAGGCUGCCGCAGCCGCGCCCCCGCGGGACCCGAGCGAGGGGGAGGGGGCCUCACGGGCCCGGGUCCCCGCAGUCGCGCGUCCCCGCCAUUGGCAGAGCCGGCGGGGGUCACCCCCCGGGGGGCGAAUGGUACAGUCCUCCGCCCGCGCCCCGGCCCGGCCCGCAGCCUGCGAGCCAGCCCUGAGCCCAGCGCCGCCGCCGCCGCCGCCGCCGCCGCCGCCGCCCGCGGAGCCCCGAGCGGAGCCGGAGGCGGCGAUGGAGGGAGUCAGCAGCCACCGGACCCUGUCUUACAGCCGCUGGAGCUAUGACAGUGUCUUAGAUGAUGAGGGCAGAAACCUGAGGCAGCAGAAGCUUGAUCGACAGCGGGCCCUGCUGGAGCAGAAGCAGAAGAAGAAGCGCCAGGAGCCCCUGAUGGUGCAGGCCAAUGCAGAUGGGCGGCCCCGGAGCCGGCGGGCCCGGCAGUCGGAGGAACAAGCCCCCCUGGUGGAGUCCUACCUCAGCAGCAGUGGCAGCACCAGCUACCAAGUUCAAGAGGCCGACUCACUCGCCAGUGUGCAGCUGGGAGCCACGCGCCCAACAGCACCAGCUUCAGCCAAGAGAACCAAGGCGGCAGCCACAGCAGGGGGCCAGGGUGGUGCCGCUAGGAAGGAGAAGAAGGGAAAGCACAAAGGCACCAGCGGGCCAGCAGCACUGGCAGAAGACAAGUCUGGGGCCCAAGGCCCAGUGCAGAUCCUGACUGUGGGCCAGUCAGACCACGCCCAGGACGCAGGGGAGACGGCAGCUGGUGGGGGCGAACGGCCCAGCGGGCAGGAUCUCCGUGCCACGAUGCAGAGGAAGGGCAUCUCCAGCAGCAUGAGCUUUGAAGAGGAUGAAGAUGAGGAGGAGAAUAGCUCCAGCUCCUCCCAGCUAAAUAGUAACACCCGCCCCAGCUCUGCUACUAGCAGGAAGUCCGUCAGGGAGGCAGCCUCAGCCCCUAGCCCAACAGCUCCAGAGCAACCAGUGGAUGUUGAGGUCCAGGAUCUUGAGGAGUUUGCACUGAGGCCGGCCCCCCAGGGUAUCACCAUCAAAUGCCGCAUCACUCGGGACAAGAAAGGGAUGGACCGGGGCAUGUACCCCACCUACUUUCUGCACCUGGACCGUGAGGACGGGAAAAAGGUGUUCCUCCUGGCGGGAAGGAAGAGAAAGAAGAGUAAAACUUCCAAUUACCUCAUCUCUGUGGACCCAACAGACUUGUCUCGAGGAGGGGACAGCUAUAUCGGGAAACUGCGGUCCAACUUGAUGGGCACCAAGUUCACUGUUUAUGACAAUGGAGUCAACCCUCAGAAGGCCUCAUCCUCCACUUUGGAAAGUGGAACCUUACGUCAGGAGCUGGCAGCUGUAUGCUACGAGACAAACGUCUUAGGCUUCAAGGGGCCUCGGAAGAUGAGCGUGAUUGUCCCAGGCAUGAACAUGGUUCAUGAGAGAGUCUCUAUCCGCCCCCGCAACGAGCAUGAGACACUGCUAGCACGCUGGCAGAAUAAGAACACGGAGAGUAUCAUCGAGCUGCAAAACAAGACACCUGUCUGGAAUGAUGACACACAGUCCUAUGUACUCAACUUCCAUGGGCGCGUCACACAGGCCUCCGUGAAGAACUUCCAGAUCAUCCAUGGCAAUGACCCGGACUACAUCGUGAUGCAGUUUGGCCGGGUAGCAGAGGAUGUGUUCACCAUGGAUUACAACUACCCGCUGUGUGCGCUGCAGGCCUUUGCCAUUGCCCUGUCCAGCUUCGACAGCAAGCUGGCAUGCGAGUAGAGGCCUCUUCGUGCCCUUUGGGGUUGCCCAGCCUGGAGCGGAGCUUGCCUGCCUGCCUGUGGAGACAGCCCUGCCUAUCCUCUGUAUAUAGGCCUUCCGCCAGAUGAAGCUUUGGCCCUCAGUGGGCUCCCUGGCCCAGCCAGCCAGGAACUGGCUCCUUUGCCUCUGCUGCUGAGGCAGGGGAGUAGUGGAGAGCGGGUGGGUGGGUGUGAAGGGAUGAGAAUAAGUUCUUUCUGUACCACGAGAUCAACACACUCUCCCACCCUUGGGGUAGUAGUGUGUUGGAGUUGUGCUUACCAAGCUGAGCAACCUCUUCAGCUGGGAAGGCCGGAAGAGGCAUAGAGGGAGAGGAAGCACAAUGCAGGGCUGCUGUGGCCCAGUCAUCCGCUCAGCCAAGGAGUCAGAUGGCAAUGUGUACUCGAGCAGGUAGGGGGCACAGUGAAUAUGUGUAUGUAUGAAGGCCACAUCAACUUUAUGUAGCAAAGGGCUUGGUGGCCAAGCCUGGCCCUUAAACAACUGCAGAAAGCCUUUCAACUUCAGAAGGCAUCACUCAAGCCUGAGAGAAGUUGGGAGGGACAGGUAAGUGGCAGGACCCUGUCAGGAUUGCAGGUGCCUGGCUCGCUGUGGCUAUGGGAAUCAGCUGGUGGCUAGGGUUCUAGCGCAUUUGAUUUCUCCAGGUUUGCUGUGUCUCACAGAGGCAGUAGGAACCCAGCUGUCAGGGCUGUCUUGGUGGAUGGGCCCUGCAGGACACAGGCUCAGCAUGCAGAAGUGCAUGAACAGGGUCCCUGGAUCAGGGUUGUUCUGGGAGUCCUGUCAGCUGCCCCAGGAGCUCUCUGCUGAGCAGCCCAGCACAACCCCCAGGAAACACAGAUGGGGUCCAGGUCACCAGCCUGACUGUACACAGCUAGGCAUGCCUGGGAAUCCUGCUGCCAGAGAACCAUUCCCAAGCCAUGGCAUGCUCCUUGAAGAAUCUCUCCUCUCUCUGGAAAGACCCAACUGUCUCACUGCUGUUAGCCAAGUCAUGGUUGGUAACCAUGUAUGGUUCUUGGGAGAGAAUGGGACAGGGUGAAUAAAGCAGGGAAUAUUUUAGAACCACAAGAGAUCAGCAGUGGCAGGACCCUCAGGAAUCUAGUACAACCUUGUUGCUUUAGGUAAAUCACACUCAGAAAAUGGGGCUUGCCCUGGGUCACCUAGCUGGUUAAUGGCAGCAUUCAGAACUUCAAGUUCUCUUGAUUUCUUUGUUCCCACUGUCCCCCAAGAAACUAGUAUCUCUGGCCUCCUGGGGCCCAUUCUGCAUGCCCUCCCCACCUCCCCUGAUUCAGAGACUUAGAAAUAUCAGAGUUGAUAAAUACGAUUGAAACCAUUCCAGUAGGAAAUCAGGCCGUUCCCUGUUGAAAGUUGUCUGGCUUUUUGCAUGUGAGUAUGAUCCAGGAUUGGCCUGUGUCUGGCCCCUCUGCGAGGGCUACUCAGCAGUAAGCAGGCCUUAGUAAGGCCGCCGCACACUUCUUGGUCUAGGUGAGAGAGAGCGCAUAAAGGUUCUGGGGCUGGGCCUGAUAACUCCCUCCACUGCCGCUAUUUCUCCUUGGAUGGCACCAUCCACCCUGCAGGCUUGGGAACUCUAAGCUCAAGCCCUUGUUCAUUUGUCAUUUACCCUGGUGGAGGGUUCUUGCCCGGAUAGAGAUCUGAAAUUGGUGGGAAGCAAGCAGGGGUUGUACCUUGCUUUAGAGUAGAUAUGUUUGGAAAAGCUAAGUAGAAAUUUUUUAAAAUAAAAGGUGUAUUUUAAACAUGUUAGGCUUUAUAGGUGAAGGACUUGUUUUGACUUAAGUAGAAGUAAUAUGCUCUCAUUUCUUUGUAACCUAGAUUUUCCUAUGUUGAAUGCUUAAAGCAAGGCAUACCUGUUCUAGCAGGAUCUGCCCACACCUCGGCCAUACAUCUCUGAGAGGCCCCUCCAACGAUUGGCUUUUGCAACAUGGUCCAGUUUCUAGAGGGCACUACAACUUGGUGCCAGCGCUGGCGAGAUACGUUGGUGCCAUCCUCCUUUCUAUAGUUCCAGUCUAGCCCUUCCUUGCCUUUAAGGAGAAGAGAUCUUCAUGGUGACAUUUGAGAUGAUGGAAACUAGAUCAUCUCUAAUGUCAGGUCAAGCUAUUUCUCUGGAUCUAUGAUUUUAAGAUAGAACAGGCUGGUUCUGAGUUCUGGUGAGACGGAGACCCUGGUGGCAAUGGAAAAAUCAGAAGCACAAAGGAAAACUCUUGGCCUCUGCUUUCUCCUGUAGCACACAGAAAAGGGAGUUGGCUGGAUCUUUUGGUGGGGUCAGGGAAGACAGGCUGAACUUUCUAGCUUAAGUGUGGAGAAGGAUAGCCUCAGCCAUAACUCUGUCAGGCAUCGAGUGACAAGCAUCAGCAGCUGAGUACGCUCCUGGUGAUGCUGGUUUUCCUUGACCACUGACCCUGGGGCCAUGGAUGCAUGGACUCGUAAAGCUGCUAGGGCCCCUGGAAACCACCUGGGUUCAGCCUCUCUCACAGUAAGAGUUCUUGCCCUUCAUACCCUCUACCUGGAUGGAUGGUCUUUGGGCAGGGAAUUAAUGACAGAAUGAGCAGUCCCUAAUGGUAUUGGGCAGUUGGGAGUUUAGGCAGCUUCUCUGUAACCGCUUCUGGGACCACACCCCAAAACUCUAUACCCUCUGCCCCAGAACAAUUCUGCAGAGUGGUGAAGUUCACUUCCCCAAUUCUUCUCCAAGUCCAGCUUUUCUUUCCUUCUGGCUCCAAGGUGCUCUGUGUCCGUCCGUGUGUGUGUGUGUGUGUGUGUGUCUGUGUGAUUAUUUGGGGAAAAGGGCAAUCAGCAAUCAACUGAGGUUUCUUAGUUGUGAUUAUAUUCCUGAGAAUGAGUAGGAAAGGAAUAAGGAUGUUAUGAUCACCUGUGGAUUUUGUCCAUUUCAUGCUCUCUGAACAGAAGGUAUACCUGGGAAAAUACCAGCUUUCUCUCUCAGGGUUCUGAGUGAGAGGACACCAUCCAAGAAUGUUGUUAGCUUUUCAGUUCCCACUCUGCAUUGCCUGAAAAAACUGGUACGUUGCAUGUAUGGUUUUGGUUGAAAUUGAACAUACUCUAGUGAAUGUGCCUUAAAAAUCACGACACUAGUUCGAGGGAGCACAUAAGGUCCAGAUCUAUGGCGAAGACAGAUGUUGGAAGCCAGGACUGUGAUAAUCAGAAGCUAUAAGAGAACUUUUGGAGCCUGCCUCCUUCAGUGACAAGUAGGGCACAAGAUUCUAGAAGCAGAAGUCUUUUUUUUUUUUUCCAUUCUGAAAAUAGCAGGACAUUUACCUCUUAAAGAAAAAGGUCCAUGCUUUGCUUACAACGGAGUCUGCAGUGAGGAGAGAUGCUGGGAUAGCCAUUUCCAUGGCUCUGUUAUGCAAGCACAAAUUCCAUCUCCUAGAUGGACUUUCUGGUUUUCUCUUAACUGCAGUAACACUGGACUUCCCUUCUCUAAUUCCUUACCCCAGCUGCGGCAUCCCUGUGUCAACUCAGGAUGCCAAGUGGCCCUCAGAUUACGCUUCUCCAGAUAGCUGAAUGAGUCUGCUUUCACUGUGACUGGGACCUGAAUGACCUGCAGUCAGGGCCCACAGUUGGGACUCUAUCCUACUCUGGGCUCUGGUCUAUAGGUUUGUAGUAGCCACCAGUAAUAAGCCAAGGGCUAGGCUCUUGUUUGAGUUUAUGGCCACCUGGAAUUUUCUGUCAUCUCAUGAUACAGGCGGGAGGGGCAGAACAGAUAUAUUAUGACAGGUUUGGUUUUUAAAUUUUCCAAGUGGAAAGGCAAAUUGGUCUUAUAGAAAGCACUACUGCACUUAGUAGCUAUGUGAUUUUGAGCAAACCACGUAAUCUCUCUAGGUCCAUUUUCCUAACCACAAGAUGAAGAUGUUACAUUGUCAAAGCUUGCCGUAGGAUUUGGGGUGAAUGAAAGUUAUUCCUUGCUUUCAUCACUACCUUUAUAGCUCAUCACUGUGCCUUUUUUUCUUUCCUAAAAAAAACAUCACAUCCCUCUCCUCCUCUGUGCUCCUGUCCCUCCCUCCCCCUAGCAAGGUCCAGGCAAAGCUGGAGAUGAGGCUGAGAUCCAGAGUUUCCUAGAAGGCAACUUAGGAUGGCUGGGAAAGGGAAGCCUGACUGCCUGGUCAGGAGGCUGCAGUAUCUCUUGCUGGGAACACAGCCAGUUUUCACAAUGCCUAGAAUGUGUAUGUCUAUUUGCACAAGAUUGUCUUUUCCUAUUUUGGAGUGGUCAGACAUUUUAUUUUUGUUCAAGAUUAUCUGGAGUUUUAGACAAAUUUGCAAAACUGUGCUUUUAUUAAGUGACUUUUUGAAUAAACUUCUUUGGUAUUCUGGAGCAAAUGUAUUUAUUUAUUGGUAUGUGCAAUGACAAACUUGGUAUUUUCCCAUGUUGACAUUAUGUAUGUUGUAGAAGUUAGUGUUUGUCUAAGUACACACAUAUAUCAACAAAUUAAACUUGAAUCGUUUCAA